CCAUGAGCAUCGGAUUAUGUUUGGCGUACCACUUUAAAGGAUCACUAUGCGAUCAGUCAAGUGGGACGCAUUUUCUAAUACCAAAUGUUUUCUGCAAAUAUAACAAAGGAAUCCACAUAAAGAUUUGGUCAAUGACUUCACAUCUAACGGAAAUCAAGGUCUUUUCUACAGAAACGCCAAUGACAUUUAUGCUAGAUGGCCAUGAUAUUCAGUCCUUUACACUACCCUGUAGAGAAUACAGCCUGGAUGAGAAUCUUACAAGCGGCUACAAAUUAUCUUCAUCCCAAGUGAUAAGUGUCUAUGUGGAGUAUCUUCACGACGUCUAUCUCGUCUAUUCUUUAUCAAGCUUGGGAUAUAUAUACGUUAUCCCGAUUUUACCAAAUUCCCAGCAGCCUGGAACGAAUUAUUUCAAUUUCACGGUCAUCAUGAGUUAUAACAACAACACCACUUUAACAUUAACCACACCGCCAUCACAUGAAUCAUCUAAAUCAAUAUUAAAACCAUUUGUCAAAACAUCACCUUCUUCUCACGUCUUAGUUCUCAAUGAUUCUGAGACGGUUGCUAUUUCAUGUCAAUGCAGCCUCUCGGGUUUUCGUCUGGUCGCUAACCAGCCAGUAUUUGUGAUCUUCGGACAAUAUUCAAAACAACAAAACAAUGAAUAUGUUUUGAUGAUUGAAUCACUCCAACCGGUUUCAACUUUAACUGGGCAGUAUUUUGUGUAUGUUCCCAACUGGAUCCAGAUAAACUCAGUACUUUAUAUCCUGGCUUUACAAAAUGACACCAAGAUUACAUGGCGGACAAAAAAUGGAGAACAAUCCAAGACAUUAGCAGCUUCUCAACAGCAGCUUUCUUUAUCUCUUUCUGCAGGAGAUUUCGCUUUUAUUCACUCGGAAAAAGGUGUCCUGCUGUUGACUCACAUUCACCACACAAUGAACCAACCCAACGCAAUGGCUCUGCAUUGCAUUCCACCAACUUUACAGUAUUUAAACUUAAAGUAUCUGUUAUUAGCUUCAAGCAGUGUCUAUCAAACCUUUAUUUUCAUUCUUUAUAAUCACUGCAAUGGUUCUACUGAAGCGACACCAAAUCUUUUGUCAGUGCCAGUAUUGAAGAACUCUAAACAUUUCACGGUUUACAAUCGUUACAUAGCGGAAUGGUCGAUUACUACUUACCCAAAUCAGAGUAAAAAUUCAACAAUGCGAAAAAAUUUCAAAUCUGUGUCAUUUUAUGGUUAUUUCGGGAUGGUGAACCAAACUUUUAAGCGAAUGUAUCCAUUUCCGAUACAUUCUUUUCCAACGAUUAAUUGUCCAAACUUAACUUUGAUUUCGAUUUUAGAAUCGAUUUCUUCUCCGAAUAUAAAGCGAAAUUUAAUUACCGAUUCUUUCACAUGGCUGAAGCCAUCCGAUAUAGCAUUGUUGACCAACAUACAACUAUCCACUCUGUAUAGGUUAAAUUUGGGUAACGGCAUCGACGACGACUGCGACAGUAGGACAGACGAAGAACUGAAUAAUCAAAAGGACGACGAUGGGGAUGGACUGUUCGAUGAAGAUCUUACGUUUGUAAAAGGUUGCAAGCUCCUCGGUCUCUCCUCGAAUGAAGGAGAAAGUAUGCAAAUGGUCCAGAGCAUGUAUAGUAAACAAGAGGAAAGCAAUAUCGUGGCCUUGGCCAGCUCCUUAGGAGCAUCAUUACUGGCCGUGUGUAUAUUCUUAGCAGGCUGCCUGUUUGUGGAGAACUGGAUGAAGCCUCGUGCACAAAGAACUAUAUCGCCUUCAUUUGACACAUGAAAAUAGUUGCGUCUUGUUGUAAGAAAUCUUUUGAUAACCAAAUCAAUAUGUUAGCCGUGAGAAAACAAGAAUUCGUCGACUUCGAUUAGCAAUGCUUUGAUUGUCAGAUUAAAGGACUGCAGUAGUCCGUGUGAAAAACGUUACUUACUUAUCGACUCAUAGUUUAGUUUAUCUUAAAUAGCGACGAAAAGUAUUAUAUUCUUAUAUCAUAAUGCAUCCAGCUUUGCAUGUAAGAGUUAUUAAGGGAUAAAACUUACUUAAAUAAUGCACAAAACGUAAUUAGAAAGCGAUUUGUUAGCAAGAUAUGGGGAGCUCAGUUUUGGGAGCCAGUUUCAUGAUAACCUGUUUGUAUCCUGCUCCUGCAUAAAGCAUUUUUUGUAGGAUCCCAGAAACCUAAUUCGAUUAAAAGGAAUUCAAACUUAAAACCGGUGCUUCUGAGACCACCUAGACUAACCUAUUACUUGAAAUAAUAUUUAGCAGCACACAAAAAACAAAACAAUUAGACUAUACUGUAAGAAAAUGCAAUAUAUUAUUAUAAACCGUAUGAAGGCGGCGAGCUGGCAGAAUCGUUAGCACGCCGGACAAAAUGCUAAGUGGCGUUUCAUCCAUUUUUACGUUCUAAGUUCAAAUUCCGCCGAGGUCGACUUUGCGUUUCAUCCUUUCUAGGUCGAUAAAUUAUUGAGCUGGUGCUUAAUUAUUGCGGAUUUUAUUCAACAAAAACAAUAACAACAUG